UGUUGAUAUUGAGCAACAAUAGAGGAAAAAAAUUUAAUCUCAUUGAUGAGACUCAAUUAUCUAAAUUGCAAUUUCUUGAUUUUAAUUUUAUCAUCAUAAUUAACUUAUGCCAAGUAAUCAACACGAUUAAAGUUAACUUGUAUCCUUCUUUAAUUAACUCAAAAAACUGUUCAAUAUGUUCCAAUUAUUACAAUCAACUUUAUCUAAUAAUUAAUGUAAAAAAAGAACAAUUUAAUUUUCGGUUUUACCAUAAAUUCCGUAAAAAUCUAUGACAGCAAAUCGGGUCUAAGAUCUUAGUAUCUGGAAUUAGACUAUUGUUUGAGUUGCACCGAUUCACGAAUAAUAAGAUGAAUAAGUUGAUUAAAUGUUUCACUUUGUCACUAAUUGCACUUAAUUGUUUGAUUACAAUGGCGAAUAAAAAAUAUAUAAAUCAAUUGAUAGUUUUAAUUUUCAUCAUAAUUGAAAUAGUUUUACAAGUUUAACUCUUACAAUACAGUAAAAAAACACAAUAAGAAAUAAAUAAUUGAAAUGAAGUUAUUAUUUUGUCUAUUGAUUGUUUUCUUAGCUUUUGAUCAGUUUAAUUGUUUUGAAUUUAGUGAAGUCGUUGAAUUGCCUCAGGGUAAAAUUCGUGGAGCGAUUAAAGAAUGGAGAAGUCGAUCUACCUACGAAUACAAGGGUAUUCCUUACGCUGCAGCUCCGAUUGAUUCACUUCGAUUUUCUAUGCCAGAACAUCCAAAACCAUGGGAAGGAACUAAAGAUACAAUCGAUUAUGGAAAAUCUUGUCCUCAGAAUCCAUGGGGUAUUACUGCCGAACACAUUCAUGAAGAUUGUCUUUACAUGAAUAUUUAUGUUAACAAGGAAACUUUUGACAAUCGAACUACUCACCUAAAGCCAGUUCUGUUCUUCAUUCAUGGUGGUGGUUUUCGAUUUGGAAGUGGAGCUGAUUUCGACUCUUAUGUAGGAACUCCUUUAGUUAUUCUCGAAGAUGUUAUUCUGGUCACUUUUAACUAUCGAUUGGGAAUCUUUGGAUUCUUACAUGGCGGAGAUUUGAUUCCCUCUCACACUCCGAAUCUCGGUCUUUGGGAUCAACACUUUGCUCUUAAAUGGACACGAGAUAAUAUUCAUCGUUUCGGUGGUGACCCUUAUCAAAUCACAAUCUUUGGACAAUCGGCUGGAUCUUCUGCUGUAGCUUUUCAGAUGCUUUCUCCUCAUAACAAGGGUCUAUUUAAAGGAUCCAUCAUGGAAUCAGGUGGAAUAAUGAAACUGAACCCAGAACUUAAUAUCACAGAAAUUAUCUCUGAUACUGUUGAUUUUUUCGGCUGUAUGAAUGCUACUGAUAAAAUUUCUUGUCUUCGAUCAGUUCCAUGGUUCGAUAUUUUCAAUGAAACUGAACCUUUGAAAUACCAGCCAGUUUAUGGUGAUAAAUUCAUUCCCUUAGAUGAAACUGAAGCGAUAAAAAGCGGACAGUUUAACGAUGUCAAUUUAUUAGUUGGAGCCGAACGAGAUGAACGCGAUGAUCUUAUUUGUGGUACUUAUAAAUUUGCUGCUCUCAAAGCUUCCAAUUCAAAUACAUCUACUUUCGGUUAUGUCCACACUCAGGUCUCUUUAACGCCAUUCGCUAUUCCCUCGCCAGAUUGUAGUAGGCAAGUUGAUAGAGUUUGUCAUGGUAAUGAAUUGAUUUUCGUCUUUGGUUCACCUCUACGUGAACCCGAAAAGUUUGAUGCCGAUGAUAUCGAAUUGAGUCUUAAGUUUAUGAAAAUUUGGGCUGAUUUCGCACGAAAUGGAAUACCAACUAAACAAGGACCAAUUGUUUGGCCUCAAAUCGGCGGAUCCGAAAUGGUUAAUCUGAUUGAAUUGAACAACAAAUUCGUUGGUAAAAUUGAUCAUGAAACUGGGACAAAAUGUUUGUCCAAAAUUUGAAUUUAAUUUCACCAAAUAAUCAACACGAUAAUGACAAUAUUUUAUCUGCACUAGUAAAUUAAUCAAUAACUUAAUAAAUAUAAUAACUUAAUUCUGCAAAUCAA